AUGCAGCUGGUAAAGCUUUGAUGUUGAUUGGAAUACUUGAGUUUCCUGUACCUGUCUAAAAUCAUAAUUAUACUUUAUUAUUUGAUCAAAAUGGGGAAUCUGCAUUAAAGAGCUACAGCAAGUACCUCCUAGCUUGAUUUUAAAAAAAAAUCUUGUUUUCCCAGGGCUGUAGCACUUAGACAGUAAGUCCCACCCCAAGUCCAAGUGUAGCUUUUGUCAUAAGAACAACUGUGGUGACCUGUUUUGCAUAACAUUUUAACAGAUGUAAGUUCAGACAUUUUGUAUCAAAUUUCAACAUAGCUGCAAUCUUGCAAUAAGAAAUUAUUAGCCUUGCAAGUAGGUACCUUUAAUUGAAUCCCUGACACUAACUUAAUUAUAGCACCACUACAGACACACCAUGAGAAGCAGUAAAAUCAACUAUGACACACCCCUCCUAGUUUCCCAUUGGCUGGAAACUUGUUAGGCUUGAUGGGUAGGCGCUGUAGUCAGAGGGGAUUUCAAAGCAAGUAAAUAGCAGGUCCUUCUAGCCAGUCAGAAAUGGAUUUCCUCCUGUGUGAACUUCAGACUGAAAAGAUCUGCUUUUAAAAAGAUGCAACAACUUGCCAUAUGAGGAAACUACUGGAGAAAAUAUUCCCUCUCAUACUUAGUAUUUCUUCUAUGAAAAGUGAUUUUGGAAGACUUUCUAAGCCACCUUACUUGAGGUGACUUCUUCAGAAGAAGCAUGGCUUGCUGUGUGUUACAAAUCACUGGUCUGAUAUUCGGAGGUAUUGGUAUGAUUGGGACUAUGGCAGCCACAGUUAUGCCUCAGUGGAGAGUUUCUGCCUACAUUGAUGGCAACAUCGUGGUGUUUGAGACCAUCUGGGAAGGACUGUGGAUGGACUGCAUCAGUCAGCUGGGCAUCAGGCUGCAGUGCAAAUUCUAUGACUCUGUCCUGGCUCUCCCCCCUCCCUUGGAGGUUUUCAGAGCCCUCAUGUGCAUUGCAAUGAUCCUGUCAAUCAUUUCCUUUUUGAUGGCCAUUGUUGGUGUGAAGUACACUCACGGGACUAAGAAGGACCCCCAGGCCAUCAGUGUCUUCAUACUGGCAGCUGGAGUUGCCUUUCUCCUGACGGCCGUACUCGUUCUGAUUCCUGUGUCCUGGACUGGAGGUAGCAUCAUUCACGACUUCUAUGAUCCGGAAGUCCCUAUACCACUGAAACGAGAACUAGGAGCUGCUCUCUAUGUGGGUUGGGUGAGCACCGCACUUCUCAUCACUGCAGGAGUAAUGUACUGUAGCUUCUGGUGCUGGGCUGACACAUCCUCAAAAUCCAGGUAUCCAUCACUUUCCCGUCACAAAUUGCAUAAACCUGACUUUGCAGGAAAGCCGUUCUUAAGUAUGCAUGCCUAUGUAUAGUUGCUACAUGUGAUAUUUCAGCUUAACAUGUCGAUAUGUGCUAAUUGACUUCAGUGUCUAAUUAAACUCUGAGUCUGUAACGGAGGAACAAUUUUGUUCAUUUGCUAUUUGCUAUUGACGUACACAUCUGUUCUCUAAAAUGCUUAUAAGAAAUGUUAUUACAUGGGCAUUAUGUUAGAGCACAGUCAGAAUAAAAAUCUCACCAUUUUAUGGGAAUCAGGAAAGGCAUAGGAACAGCAGCACUCAGGAGUCUCUCAGGGAAGAUGAACAGCCAGCCUAUGGCUGGGCUGGAAGGAAGGCAGUUGCUGUGCAAUAGCACUAUGGCCCUCCCUUAAACUCAUGAUGUGUAAAAGGAGCAAUGGAUUUUACUCUAAGGCAAAGUCUUCACAAGGAGUGUUCUAGGACAGUGGAGAGAAGCAUGGAGUUGGCAGCAUGGCUGAAGAAGCUGCUGAAUAAAAGGAGGGACCACCAGUCUUCUAACUUUCAAUACUGGCACGAAAAUAUUCAUGCUCUCCUAUUAGAGGCCUCUGUGAUUGACUACAGAUUUCAUCGAUGCUUGCGGAGUUGAUGUGUCCUUCUUACCUUUUCUGCAAGGCACAGAAUCCAGCUCAUGGAAUAACAAAAUUUUUCAUCACUUCACCAGACUUUGCAAUGAAUAUAUUAGCUUUCUGUCACUUGCUGCCUUUCAUCUUUUAUGACUCUUCCUGUUCUACAGGUAGCACCUCCUCUUCUAUAAAAUUCAGGACAGACCAUCUGUCUUUAUGCACUUUAAAGCUCUGUGCUAAUGUAAAGUAUAAUUAAACAAACCAGGCAAUAUGAAUAUGUAACCCCCACUGGCCUGCUGGAGGAUGAAGAGUUCCUGCCUACAUCUUUCUUCACACCCACAAAAGCCAAGCCCUAAUGUUUCCUGACUGCUUUGGGUUCGCAAGACUUCCUUCAAAAUGUAGACUGAGUAGUGUGAUACCUAUCUGUCUGUUGUGCAGGAUUCCACACUAUUUGCAGUUGUGCAUUUUCUUUUCCACACUUGAAAACUUGGAACUUGCUUUUGACACUGUGGUUGUCAUAAUGCUGUUAAGUGACAAAAAAGGCCCAGUUCAGAACAGUUUUUCUGGUUCUUUACACAGUAGUAAUGGAUAAUACCAUUUCCUUGAUAGUUUCCUGACACAGGUACUCGAUUUGAUCCUUUUCUGUGUCUGUGACUGGUAGCUAAAAAAAGAGUGUAACGACUUCUCUAGUUGAGGAAAGCAAUGGCUCUAUACAUUCGACUGUUCAAUUUGAAGAACACAAAAAGCUACGUUUAAUUAAAAAAGCUUUUUAUGAACAUGACUUCAGAUGAACCUAAAUGAAACCAUUCAAGUGCCAUUGAACACGGAUACUAAUUAAAUAUAUUAGCUAAUGUGCAUUUACAUUUAAGACAACCAACUCAGAUCUUUUAGUGGGAAUACUCUAGUUGCUAGAAAACAGGGUUAAUGUAUUCUGCUCAUCAAAUCAGCACUUAUUAAUUCCAGGUGAGCUUUUAAGAGAACAUUUGUAAGUAGGUUUUCCAGUGCUAAACCACAUUUUUUUUAAUGUUGUCUUAAAGCUACCGAUGCCUGUCACAGCAGCUGUCUUAGGGUCAGACAACUCAUUUCAGUGGAACAAUUCUGUUGACUUUGGUAAUAAUUUAUAAUACCUUGAGGACCUCCACCUAUUAUUUUCUUUUAUUUAUUUUCUAUAACAUAUAUUUUGUUUAAUAAAGAACUAUUUGGUGAAGUAAGCCAGAACUGCACUUUUUCAAUUCAUUUAGAUAUGAGACCUGUGAUUAACAAAGCAGGAUAUGAAGACAUUUGCAAUGCAAAUUUGAUACACAUUUAUAUGCAAGUAAUGGAUUUAAAUGAUGACGUAUUGAGUGUAAUGCAACUUUAUGCAGAUGUAAGCGCUUAAGUAGUCAUUAAGUGCAGUUUUCCUCAACAUUAAUUAAAGGAUCUUGAAUGUUUUCACUAUCAGCAGGUUCAUCUAGGAAUCAAAUUUGAACGGGGUGUGUCAUUUACAGUAGUAACUGUACUUUAAGAGAGUUGAAAGAUAAAACUGCUUUAUUUGAGCAUUUACCAUUAAUUUCAAAGAAAACCUAAGUGUUUUACAUCUAACAUUAACACCUGAUGCCUGCAUAUUCCUCUGUUUUUCUCUUUUACCAGGUGAUCAAAAGACAAGUUCAAACAAAAUCUUUAAGCUCAGACAAUCUUGUGCUUGUGUGUGAGCUUGGAAUUUGACCUUAAUUCUGAGCACAAAGCUAGGCUGGGCUGCUCUUUGCAUGUGUGAGUUUUAUUGAAACAAACGGCAAUUUCUGAUUACAUGAUUUAACACUUUAGAUUCAAGCAAACAUGUUUAAGAGUCUGUGACACUAAAAUUUCUGAAUUUGAUACUGAAACAAAUUUGUGUCUGCUAAGGGAGAUGGAGUUUCCCUUUUCCUUUUCCCCUAUUUAAAACCUGUGAUGCUCAGAACCGACUAGUUGGAAGCAGCGGUUUGGACGUAUGGAUAAGUUUUCAGCCUUUAAUGAAAAACUGCAGGUAAGCUUUGAAAGUAAACUCCCUCUAUUCAUGAGUGUUCUGAGAUUAACAGGAAGACUUUGGCUUGAGUGGAGUGAUGGAGGAGCCUGUGCAGGUCUCUAGUGCCCCCGGCUGCAUAUUCUACCCUCCAUCUGCUUCUCCAGGAAAGCUUCAGCCCCUUUUGGGUUACACCUAGCAAGACACAGUCUCAGGUAAUUCCAAGUGUCUACGGUGACUCUUGGUUUUUGUUUAGAUUGCUGAACAUGUCCUUUUCGAUUAAGUGAGGAGAGGAUGCUCAGGGACACAUGUAAAGAGGUUUAGGGAAAGGCCCACCUCUUCAGUGUGCAAGAGGGUCAUGGAAAUGGAGCAUUAGUUGCACACUACUUGAUGAUGGAACAAGAGGAAGCAAGGUGUGAACAAUUGGUGUUGACUGGACUUUUCUGUCAGAAAAAAAGGCCUGACAAGUAUGUCCUUUGAAGCGGAUGGGACAGGGAACACUAAAAUGUUGUGCCAGGUUUCCCUGUGCUGGAGCUCUGCUUUCAUUGAGGAAUGUAAGUGGUAAACUUGCAUUAGUGAUGCUGUGUUCACAUUUCUCUAGGCACAACCGUCAGCAAGUUCAGGCCUGCUGUAUUUAUUAACAACAGCUGAUUAAAUAUUGUGGUUAAUAUCUAGUUUAAUAUCCUGAUGCUAUCAUAUACUUUAAUGUUUUGUGACUGUAGGACAAAUUACUUUGUAAAUAAAUGUGAAUAGCUGAGAUUUUGCUA